AUCACAUCCGGGCGUAUUUUCCUGCACCUAAUGUAGGAGGUUCUUUUAAAUGGAGUGGACCAAGAGAAUGGAGUGAAUGGAGCGGAUGGAUGGAUGAAUGGUCCCUGGCAGAGUGACAGCUUGUGCCUGGACGAUGACGGCGAGUGCCUGACGUUAGCGCCCGACCCGUGAGGCCAGCCAGCCGAGGCCGAUUCCAGAGGGACUCGCCGCUUACGUACAUCGCGCUUAUCGUCAUCCCGGAAGCUCCCUGCCGACCUGCGCCUCCUCUAUUUACUUCGCCCUCGCUGUCUCAACCCUUCAAUCCCAUCCAUCCACCCUCCUAUCCAUUAUUCGACCAUCUUUGAAUGUAAUCAGCAGCCCAGUUCGCUUAUCCUGACCGGCUACACCCCCAACCAUGCGGGGACUCCGCUUCAUCCCCAUUAUCGCAAGUCUUGGCGUUCUCCCUCAAUCGCUGGCCCGAGACGAUCCGAGCUUGGGCUUCACCAACAUCCAUGAGCCCGGCCGUUGUGCCAUUCGCGGGCACUGCGGGAAGAAGUCGUUCUUUGGUGGCGAGCUCCCCUGUCCUGACAAUGGGCUGGCAGAGCAGCCUGAAGCAGCGGUGAGGAAGAAGCUGGUAGACCUAUGCGGCAGCAAAUGGGAGGAAGGUCCCGUGUGCUGUCAAGAUGAGCAGAUCGACGCACUCUCCAGAAACCUGAAACUUGCCGAAGGUAUAAUCGCGUCUUGUCCUGCCUGCAAAGCAAAUUUCUUCAACAUCUUCUGCACCUUCACCUGCUCCCCAGACCAGUCCCUAUUCGUCAACGUCACCCAGAUCGACAAGAACGGCUCCGGAAAACAACUCGUCACCGAAAUAGAUAACGUCUGGUCGGAAGAGUUCCAGAGUGGGUUCUACGACAGCUGCAAGAACGUCAAAAAUGGUGCUUCAGGUGGCAAGGCCAUCGAUUUCAUCGGUGGCGGUGCCAAGAAUUACUCUCAGUUCUUGAAAUUUUUGGGAGACAAGAAGCUUCUGGGAAGCCCGUUUCAGAUCAACUUCAAGACCGAGCCUGCUGGUCCAGACCCUGAUGGUAUGAAAGCGCUGCCAAUUAAGCCCAAGGCCUGUAACGACGCCGACGAAGCAUUCCGCUGUUCCUGCGUUGACUGCCCCGACGUGUGCCCCGAGUUACCUGCCCUCAGAACGGACGGAUACUGUCAUGUGGGCCUGCUGCCCUGUCUGUCAUUCGCGGUGAUCCUCAUCUACUCGGUCUUCUUGCUGGUCGUCGUAGCAUGCUCCAGCUACUUCACUUACCGAGAACGCCGCUACCGCAAACCCGAACGCGUCAGACUCCUGCAGGAUCCGGCCCCGAGCGACGAUGAGGACGAAGGUGACAUCGUCCGCGCAGGCGGGUAUAUCGAGCAGCCCAACGGUGUCUACAAGCUGAACACUGUUCUCGAUAGGAUGUUUAAUCGCAUUGGUGGUGCCUGUGCUCGCUUCCCGGCCAUCACGAUUGUAUCCAGCGUGGUUGUGGUCAGUCUGUUGAGCCUGGGUUGGUUUCGCUUUGCCGUCGAGACGGACCCGGUCCGCCUCUGGGUAAGCCCAACCUCGGCAGCGGCGCAAGAAAAGGCCUAUUUUGAUGCCAAUUUCGGGCCGUUCUACCGGGCAGAACAAGCAUUUCUCGUCAACGACACUGCCUCAGGCGACGGGCGCGUUAUGAGUUAUGACACCCUAAGUUGGUGGUUUGACGUGGAGUCGAGAGUACACCGGAUGAUUUCUCUGGACCGGGAACUGAUCCUUGAUGACAUCUGCACCAAACCAACUGGCGAAGCUUGUGUGGUGCAGUCGUUGACGGGCUAUUUUGGAGGAUCUGUGGCAAAUCUGGACCCCGAUACUUGGGAAGCCCGGCUCAAGCAUUGCGCGGAUUCGCCUGGUGAUGUGAGCUGUCUCCCGGACUUCGGACAACCACUGCGACCGGAAAUGAUUCUCGGAGGAUAUGAAGAGUCGGGCGAUGUUCUCGAUGCCCAAGCGCUGUUCACAACAUGGGUGGUGGACAACCAUCAGCAAGGGACAGAAGGUGAAGCCAAUGCCAUUGAUUGGGAGGAUAGCCUCAAACGCAUACUGGAAGUGGUACAAGAAGAAGCCAAGGAGCGCGGACUGCGUGUCUCGUUCAACACCGAAGUCAGUGUCGAGCAGGAGCUGAACAAGUCCAGCAACACCGAUGCCAAGAUCGUUGUCAUUAGCUACAUCAUCAUGUUUAUUUACGCAUCCUUGGCGUUGGGUUCGGUCACGGUGACGUGGAAGUCUCUGUUCAGCAAUCCCGCCAAUGCUCUAGUCCAGUCCAAGUUUACUCUGGGGAUCGUCGGCAUUGUCAUUGUUCUGAUGUCAGUUUCCGCGUCGGUUGGACUGUUCUCUGCGGCAGGAAUCAAGGUCACCCUAAUUAUCGCCGAGGUCAUCCCGUUCCUCGUUCUGGCUGUGGGUGUUGACAAUAUCUUCCUGAUCGUCCACGAAUUCGAACGAAUCAACGUCAGCCACCCAGACGAAGAGAUCGACGAGCGUAUCGCUCGUGCUGUGGGCCGAAUCGGCCCCAGUAUCUUCCUAUCUGCAACCACGGAGACUAUUGCGUUUGCCAUGGGGGUUUUUGUCGGAAUGCCUGCCGUGAAAAAUUUUGCCGUAUAUGCUGCAGGUGCAGUUUUCAUCAACGGUGUCUUGCAAAUCACCAUGUUUAUCUCUGUUCUGGCUUUGAACCAGAAGCGCGUGGAGAGCCUACGUGCGGAUUGCAUUCCGUGCCUAACAGUCCGCAAAGCGCAUUCCGGCAUGUCCGAUGAUCAGCUCCUCGACGACCAGGAGGGAGAAAGCGCUUUGCAAGCAUUUAUCCGCACAGUCUACGCAUCUUCACUUCUGGGACGUAGGGUCAAGGUCCUCGUGGUGAUCACGUUCCUUGGCCUUCUGACAGCUGGGCUGGCUUUGAUUCCAAAGGUGGCUCUUGGACUGGACCAACGCAUCGCCGUUCCAAGCGACUCUUACCUCAUUCAGUACUUCGAGGACUUGAAUGCCUACUUCGGAAGCGGACCCCCAGUCUACUUUGUGACACGGAACGUAAAUGUUACUGAACGGCACCACCAGCAACAGCUUUGUGGACGCUUCACUACCUGCGAAGAAUUCUCUCUCCCCUUUGUGCUCGAGCAAGAGUCCAAACGAUCCAAUGUCUCCUAUAUUUCAGGAUCCACCGCUAGCUGGAUUGAUGACUUUUUCUACUGGCUGAACCCCCAGCAAGACUGUUGCAAGGAAAAUGAUGAAAUAUGCUUCGAGGACCGGACACCUGCCUGGAAUAUUUCUCUGUACGGAAUGCCGGAAGGAGACGAGUUCAUCCACUACGUUGAAAAGUGGCUCGAAUCCCCUACUGACGCGUCCUGCCCACUGGGAGGCAAGGCGCCAUACAGCAAUGCCCUUGUGGUCGACCAGAAGCGAAUAAUGACCAACGCCAGCCAUUUCCGCACCACCCACACACCUCUUAGGACGCAAGAUGAUUUCAUCAAAUCCUACAUCUCGGCCCGCCGUAUCGCCGAUGGCAUUUCUAAGGAGCACGGAAUUGAUGUAUUUCCCUAUUCCAAAACCUACAUCUUCUUUGAUCAGUAUGUCUCCAUAAUCCAGCUGACGGGGACAUUGCUGGGCUUUGCUGUUGCCAUCAUCUUCGCUUUGACAUCCACACUCCUUGGGUCUGUGGCAACUGGUGCGGUGGUCACUACGACUGUGGUGAUGAUCUUGGUCGACAUUAUAGGCGCCAUGGCCGUGGCUGGCGUGUCGCUCAAUGCCGUUUCCCUCGUGAACCUCAUUAUUUGCGUAGGUAUUGCGGUCGAGUUCUGCGCGCACAUUGCUCGGGCAUUCAUGUUCCCAUCCCGUGCUAUCCUGGAAAAGGUGCCGACCAAGUUUCGCGGCAAGGAUGCGCGGGCGUGGACGGCGCUGGUUAAUGUUGGAGGCAGUGUCUUUAGUGGCAUUACUGUGACGAAGCUGCUGGGGGUAUGUGUGCUGGCAUUUACUAGGAGUAAGAUCUUCGAGAUCUAUUACUUCCGAGUGUGGUUGGCCUUGAUCGUGUUUGCUGCCACCCAUGCUCUCAUCUUUUUGCCUGUGGCGCUCAGUUACUUUGGCGGCGAGGGCUAUGCCGACCCCGGGGCUGAUGGUGGUCUUGAAGAGAACCUUGCAUCCAGGGGCUACCGUUCCCUGCUGGGCGACGACGAUUAUUACGACUCUGACGAAUAUUAGACGUCCAUUGCGCCGGAACGCACCGUCUUAUACAGCAAUAAAUGAUAUCACGUCCUAUGGGGCGUUGAUCACAAGCCACUAUCAACGGAUGCGACCUGUAACAGGAUCCGUCAAGUGAGGCUGUCCCCCCGAUUAUAUUUUCCUCAAUGUUAUACAAGAUGGUGGGGAGUUACCACAGUUGGGAUGGAGUUAGGUCAUUGAAUAAUUGGUUACUCAGCGAAUCAAUCGACGCGUAUUAUGUAUCUGCCCUGGUAAAUAAAGCGUGAACCUUGUCGGGACGCGUGACCUCUGUCGCGGGCCAACCUCUGUUCCGGGCGGGAACUUAACAGCGAAUCUAUCAGUCUGGCG